UUCAAUUCAUAGUGAUCUAGACAUGGCGAUCAAGCUUAUAGCAGUAGCGUUUUUCUUGCUCGUCCUGGCCUUUGCUGAGUCCAGCGACAGGGGUGAACCUCCAUCUUCUCAAGAAAAUGCUUUUGGUGCGAGCGCUUAUGCGGUUCAUUGGGAUCCAGAUCAUGCACAUUCUGAAGAAAAUGGUUUUGGUGAAAGUGCUUAUGCGGUGCAUUGGGAUCCUCCUUCUCUGCUUAUAAGGUGGAUUGGAACCCAGAAGAUGCACCUUCCAAAAAAGGUUUUGAGGCAAGUGCUUAUAAGGUGGAUUGGAACUCAGAACAUGCAUCUUCCAAAGAAGAAGGUUUUGGAACAAGUGCUUAUAAGGUGGAUUGGAACCCAGAAGAUGCACCUUCCAAAGAAAAAGGUUUUGGGGCAAGUGCUUAUAAGGUGGACUGGAACUCAGAACAUGCAUCUUCCAAAGAAGAAGGUUUUGGAACAAGUGCUUAUAAGGUGGAUUGGAACCCAGAAGCUGCACCUUCUAAGGAAAAUGGUUUUGGGGCAAGUGCUUAUAAGGUGGAUUGGAACCCAGAAGAUACACCUUCCAAAGAAAAAGGUUUCGGCCAAAGUGCUUACAAGGUGUCUUGGAGCCCAGAAGAUCCACAUUCCGGUUUUGGGGCAAGCGCUUAUAAGGUAUCUUGGAGCCCAGAUGGUGCACCUUCUGACAAAGGAUUUGGUGCAAGUGCUUAUGCGGUACAUUGGGAUCCAGAUCAUCCACCUUCUGGUAAUGCUUCCUCCAUUCCUGAAGCACCAGCAAAACACAAGCAUAUAAAAUUUCAGACCGGCAUGUUAUUCCUGAAGAAGAAUAUGCACAUCGGCACUACACUUCCUGAAGGAACCAUGUUUGCACGAGAUGGUGCACCAAAGUCUGUUCAUUUUUCCUCUACUCCUUUGGAGUCAAAGUACUUGACAACCAUCCUUUCGCAUUUCAUGAUACCUCAUGGCUCGAUGAAGGCAAAGCAGGUAGCUAACACCCUUCGUUCAUGUGGCAAACCGGUUGACAAGGAGGAGCCUCACAUGUGAUUCUCAUCUCGUGAAGCAAUGUCAAGGUUCGCCGCCAGAGAAUUAGGGGUCAGCGGCGCACGAGCAACCAUUACAAGGAUUCAUGGGAACGAGACCCCCAACUCCAUGUACGUUGUGGAACAGAUCACUCAACUGAACAAUAACGUGGUGCCAUGCCAUCCUAUGGAUUUUCCGUAUGAGGUCUUUUAUUGCCAUCGGCCGAAAGAGGUGCAGUCUUUGAGGGUGCAACUCAAGGGUUUGAAAGAUGGCAUGCUGCGCGUGACAGCAAUAGCCAUGUGUCACAUGAACACAUCUAAUUGGGACACCCAGUACUUUGAGCUAUUAGAUGGAAAGCGUGGUGAACCUGUUUGCCACUACAUGCCUACCAAUUACAUCAUGUUUUAUUAGAUAUAUUUAAAGUUCCUAUUGAACUAUGUAACCAAGUUAUCUAAUCAAUAAA